GCCCAGCCACUGAAUAAUGAUAAUAAUGAUCAAGAUGGCUACUACAGAAUCCUCCUUGCGGUAGCCAGCCUCCAAUUUCAUGGAAGCACUCAAAACUGCUAUUUCUCACUCUUUAAGUCCCUCGUAGGUGACGGGGGCUCUGCCAGGGAUACUACUAUAUGGAUUAAUACGGGCUGAAAGGAGAUAAAAGUAACUGUGUUGCCUGCAGCACUCAUUCUGAGGAAGCUAGCUAGCAGAGCAACUAGCUAGCUCUACUUGACGACCAUCUCCAGGUUUAGCUUUCCAGCCAGCGGCGGCUCAGAGGAGUGCGGCGCUCCCCGUUUUGCGUGCCCGGUCGUCGCACGGAGAGCGUCAAAUGGCAGAGCCGAGGAAAGUACCGUUCGUCACCAUCUCAUCCUUCAACACCUCGCCGCCCACCCCGGAGUCCAGCAAAAAGCGCCGCCGUGAAGAUGAGGCCGUCGAAAUCACUUUUGGGAAAGAUGGAGAUGGGGGUGUAAGUGCCGUGGCGGUCGGGUCAGGAGGUGGCGGAGGUCCGUUCGGUAAUGUAACCACGACAGGAGGCGAUGCCGAGACCGCGGAGGCGAAACCUUCAGUCCGCCUCAACCUCCCGCUGGCCGAGCCAAAUGACCGGGCGUCCUCUGAGUUCAACUACGGAGAGCUGGUCAACUCAACUCUUACUCAGGUAAAGCAUGCAAGUUCAACCGUCCCUAAAGGACUCACUCCUCCCCUUGACCCCAACGACCCCUUUGCUGACGAUGACCGGGAGAGACGGCAGGUAGAAGAGAUGGCCAAGAAAUUUGAGAACAAAUAUCAGGGUAGUGUCCCAAAGAAGAAGAAGAAGGACAGGAUGCAGGAUCUCAUUGACAUCGGCUAUGGCUAUGAUGAGACUGACCCCUUCAUAGACAAUUCAGAGGCUUAUGACGAGCUAGUGCCGGCCUCUCUCACCACAAAACAUGGAGGCUUCUACAUCAACACAGGCACGCUGCAGUUCCGAGCAGCAUCGGACUCUGAGGGAGAAAAUGCAGGCACAGAGGAUAAUCGCUUCAAGCAGAAGAUGAAAGAUGGUGAGGAGCGGGUGAUAAAGAAACGUCGGAAAAAGCAAGAUGGUGGAAUACUGGAGGACAAGAAACCCAGAAAGAAUAAAGUACCAAAGGCCGGAGUUUCAGCCCUAAAUGUUCAUCGGCCAGAAAAGAAAAAGAGGAAGAAGCUGAUGAAGGAUUCUCUCCACCUGGCCAACAUGCUGCGUCGCUUCACCAGGGAGAAGGAGGAGAUGCGCAAGAAGAACUACACUGCUGCCCACCUGACACGUCCCACCGCCAAAGUGCCCAACGCCAACAUCGUACUCCUCAAUAGCCAGACCAAGGCCGCUGGCGGCAACGAAUGCAACAUGGCCGACCUGGCCGCAGACCCAGCUGUGAUGUCACUGCUGGGCACGGCCAAUAAUGACAUACUGCAGGACAUGAUGGGCGACCUGGACUUUGGGAUGCUGGACUCCCCUCAGCCCUCCAGUCCUCUCCAGGGAGAGAACGGUGCCUUCGGGAUGGGACAUAAAGCAGGUGUUGGCAGAGUGUCGCAGGGUGUGAUGGCCCCCCCUCCUCUGCCCAGCGGACUCCCUGCCCCACUCAUAAAGCGCAUAGAAGACUUGAGAGCGGCGUCCCGUCUGUUCGAUGCAGAGGGCAGGAAGAAAUUCUUCACUCUGGACAUGAACAACAUCCUGCUGGAUAUUGAGUUGCAGGUUCAGGAGCAGCCUGGGGAGGUGCGUUCAGUGGUCUACUCUCACCUGGAGGCCUUUGUGCCCUGCAACAAAGAGGCUCUGCUCAAACGCCUUAAGAAGCUCAGCCUCAACAUACAGGAUGACCGUCUCCGAACGCCCCUGCUGAAGCUGAAACUGGCAGUGUGCAGCGUGAUGCCGGAGCAGAUUGCUCGAUACAACAUGGACUGUAUCGCUAAAGUGGCAAAGCAGCAGUCGGGGGAGGCAGAGAAGAACGGGUCGGAGGAUGAUGAUGAGGAGAAACCAGGGAAGAGGGUGAUGGGCCCUCGAAAGAAGUUUGUCUGGGACGACAAACUCAGGUUAUUGCUGUGUAACCUGGUGCGGGUGAAGCUGGGCUGCUAUGAGCUGGAAGGCAAGAACUCGCUGUCUCUAGAAGACUACCUCAAAGCCUUCAUGGAGACUGAAGUGAAACCUCUCUGGCCUAAAGGCUGGAUGCAGGCCAGGAUGUUGUUCAAAGAGAGCAUCAUGGCUCAUGGUCAUAUCACAGGCUACACGGCAAAGAAAAAGAUGGUGUCUACUGCCAAGGCCAAGCCAAAGGAGGCGGUGUGGGUUCAGCGGGCCACACCUUCAGCAGGCGCCACUCUGUCCCCUGCAGCCCAGGUUGCCAAGCGACAACCUCAGUCACCGUCUGAGACCAUAUGUCUGGACUCCCUCGACGAGCAUCUGAAGGCUCCCUGCCUGGACUCCAUUUCCCAGGCCCUGGCCAUCCUCGGCAACGCAGCCAAGGGCCUCGCCCACGGGGACAACCCCCCAUCCCCGGACAGACCCAAAAUCACCGCCAAGCCCUCCCCGCUCCAUGCGUCGCCACUCAUCCUGCAGCAGAAAAAGACCUCCGUCAGCUCUCCCAGCUCCAACGCACUUCACUACAUCUCUACCUCUUCGUCUCCCUCCACCCCUCUGUCUCGGCCUCUGUCCAUCACGUCUGCCCCUCUGCCCUCAGUGAGGGUGGAUGGGAUGGGGGUCGUUAAGGGCAUGGUGCAGGCGCACAGACACUCAGUGUUGAGCACUCCGAGGACUUUGGCCGUGGGUGUGGCUAAAGCCAACAUGCCUGCCUCAGCGUUGCCACCUAAACCGCGUCCACCACCCACCGCGUCUCCGCUCGUGGCCCCAGGAUCAAAGCCGGGGGUCUCCACUCUGACUUCUGGCCUCCUCAAAGGCAGCAAUAAUAAAGCCAACUGUGGUGACACCAUCAUCAUCACAUCGCCUCAGUCUCGUGCACACACCCUAUUAUCCUCCUCACACAUGAUCCCCAAAACCUUCCAGACGCCGCGCAUACCCCACACCCCGCUGACUAAAUCCUCCCCCUCCCUCUCUCAGACUCUCUCUGGAGUUCAGCCCCAGCCGCAGUCUAACUUCAUCACCCCUAUGCACGCCACUCUCACCAAGUCCACCCACAGCAGCAUCGUCAAACUGACUCCCCGAACCCUCAACCCCAUUUUGACCACCUCACCCUCCAUCUCUCAAAGCCCCCGGUCUCAGGCAACCCCCAUCAUACACCAGUACUCUGCCAAAAGCCCAGCAGGGUUCCGCCUGCCAUUCUCAGGUGCCCAAGGAGGAGCAACCAAGCUGGGGCAAGUCAGCUACACUCCUCUAGGUGGCCAGAAGACCCCCAACAACAACAGCACCACCAACACCAGCCUUAUUAACACCAUAUCCAUAAGCAAGCAUUCAGGAACCUGUGCCUCCCCCACGAUAGCCUCAGCCAACCCAGGCCAGCGUCAGAGGCCGGGGGGCGGGACACCUCAGGGGGCCAAGCUGGUCGUGUCUGUCCCAUCGUCAUCUGUCUCUUCUCAGUUGCCACAGGUCUCCACAGCAGGUAGCGGCGGCCUGCUCGGCUCAGCCUCGUCUCUUCCCUUGGGGUUCGGGAUGCUUGGGGGCCUGGUGCCCGUAUCCCUGCCCUACCAGUUCCCCCAGCUGCUAAACCUGCCCCCACUGGGCACAGCAGGCUCCAGUACAGCAGCCAGUGGCUCUGCAGCCAGUAGCAAUGCAUCGUUCUCUACCCUGACCCAGAAUCUGUAUAAGAGUCUCCAGUCAGGGUCUCAGGUUGCUCUGCCUCCUCACUUGCAGCUCGCUUUCUCAGAACUGCAUUAUUCCUGUCCAGAUGUCAGUCAAAGCCAGGGAGGAGAUGCUAAGAGGAAGACUCUAUGAUACCGCUGGAUUUUAACGCCCAGCGGAUGCUGACUAAUGAAAUGACGUGUUGGGACGAAUCAGGAUGGAGCACGACAGAUCACUCUGUUAGUGGUCUGAAGGAGGACUGGGUUACACAACCUUUCAAAAAAAAAAUGAUUUGAUAACUUUUAAAUACUAUUCUUCAUAGAAAUGUUAAAUGAAAUGACAAAUACAGUUUGUCAAUGUUUACAAGAUAGACCUAUAUCACUGUGGACAGGGAGAAGGAUUGAAUGGGAUUUUUGUGUGUGUGUGUGUGUGUGUGUGUGUGCGCGAGGGUUUGAAUGCUUUUGGUAGGUGGGAUUGAAAGUGUGCCUUUUGUAUGUCUCCCUCUCUGAUGCAUGGUCAGUUUGUCUAUUUGGUGCUGUUUUUAUCAUAUUGUAAUUAUCACUGAUACUUGUAAGAAAUGUAAACUGCAAAUAGAAUGAGCUUUUUUUUCCCAUGAGAGCUGUACAUUUUUUUCAUUGUACUUUGAAUUUCUGUAUAGAACUCGAACCUGCUUUUAAUUAAAUUGUUCCCUUCACAA